AUGCCGAUGAAACGCAGUCUCUUGCUUCCAUACUUUGUACUUCUCAUCUUUGCGACCAUCCAGCUCGCCCUAGUCUCGCGCAUGGUGGCCUUUUUGCACAUACAAAAAACUCAAGUCAAGACAUACCAAGCUCUCGGGAGCGACUCGCCGCUCGGUUUCAAGAUACAUGUUCUGCCUGAGAAGCUGUCACUAAACCAGGGACACACUACAAAUGGCGCUGCAGGGUAUGGAUUGGUUCUUAGUAUUGCUCUUUUGGCAUUCACAUUUUCUUUCCGAGAUGAUAGAGAUCACACAAAGAAACUUCUCACGAUGACAAUCUUGCUUGCACUACUGUCUUUUUUUAUCCUGUCGGCCUUUAUAUACGUCUUUGCCGUCACAUACUUGACGUCUAACAACCGAAUCAACACCAUCUAUGCUCAAUCCAUAGACGGCGCUCCCUACCCGAUCGACAGUUGGACGCCCGAGACAUGGUAUAAAGCAUUACUCCUUCUGCCACUUACAAAUGUCGACUUGACUGGUGCAUAUCAGGAAAUGGCGGUUUGGAGGUGGUGGAUAAUUCCUUACCUGAUAGUGAGCAUGUUGGCAUUUGGUUGGACUGCUAUUGUGUGGCUCAAUGAAAGGUCGUUUAAACAGCCUAAAAGUAAUCUUGCCGUCAGCAUGUAUACUUGCGUCAUUAGUCUUAGC